GGGUCUGAUUACUCUUCGCCGUAAAUCAUGGAAGACGAACAAGUACCUCAACUUCUUGUAUCAACACCCGAAGCAGGGACGUCAUCUCUUCCUCCUGCCAGAUUCGAACGGCCGCAAGUGCCUAUCACUCUCUUAACAGGGUAUUUGGGCGCUGGCAAAUCAACUCUGCUACAGUACAUUCUUACAGCCAAUCAUGGAUAUCGCAUAGCAGUUUGCAUGAACGAUUUCGGCGAUACGACAGACAUUGAGUCUAAAAGCCUAACAAUGUCUGAUCCAGACUCGUCGACCACUACCUCUGAAUUUCUUAGUCUACCGAAUGGAUGUCUUUGUUGCUCUGUCAAGGACAUGGGUAUAGCGGCAAUUGAGGACAUGGUCAUGAAAGCUCCGGGUGGAGUCGACUGGGUUGUGGUCGAACUGACAGGUCUUGCAGACCCCACUCCAAUAGUUAAGUCUUUCUGGUCCAAUGAGGAAAUGGGGGAUCUGUUUCUAGACGGAGUUGUCUGCGUAGUGGACAGCCGCAAUGUACUAAAGCAAUUAGAUGGACACAAGGAUUAUGACGAAAUCACGGAAUGCCAAAAGCAAGUGGCUUCUGCGGACGUCAUCCUCUUGAAUAAAAUCGACCUUGUGUCAGAAGAACACCUCUCUAAGGUGGAACGCGCUGUUAGAGAACUCAAUGCAACUCUGAGAAUACAUUACACAAGGAACUCUCAAGCUCCCAUUUCUGAGCUGUUUCACAUACGGGCCUUUACCAAUUCUGUUACUCCAGCUAUCAAGGAAGCACCCGCGGCUCUGGACGAUGGUCACCAACAUUCAUCUGACUGCGGACAUCCCCAUGAAAAUGGAGAAUUAUUGCCUCAUCGUAACUCCAGGAUCAAUACUACGCUUAUUCCCAUCCCACCACUCAAUCUGCUUCAGUACAACAGAAUUAACACCUUCCUUGAAUCCGUCCUCUGGUCAGCGACUUUUCCUGCUUCAUCCAAAGUAGCACCGGAAAUUUUACGGACCAAAGGUUAUAUCACACUUCAAGAUGAUAGAGCAUUUGUUCUGCAAGGGGUGGCCGAUCUGUUUGAAUUGAAAGAGGUGGACAGGGCGCUCGAUCCUGAGAUGAAAGGGAAGAUUGUGUUCAUAGGAAAAGGAGUUGGAGAAGAUUUGAAGAGAGAGUUACAAGUGUGGGUCGGCUUGUAAAAUAAACCUCUGAGAUGUAUUUCGCGCGUACCUUCAUGAGCA